GGCCCCCUCAUCCCAGGGGCAUUGCAGUAGGCCUUCUAACAAGACUUUCCUUCUGUAAGUCUGUGGUUACUAACAGCUAUUUCUGUGACCACGGCCAGAUAUAUCGACUGGCUUGCAAUUACCUUAUGCCCACCUCUGUCAUUAGUGUGUUAUUAACAGUUUUUAUUCUUUGGCCACUGACAUUUAUUCUGUUUAGUUAUUUAUGCAUUGGCUAUGCAUUGUCUAAAGUUGCCACAGUUCAGGAAAGAGUGAAGGCCUUUAAAACCUGCACAGCUCAUCUUUCGUUGGUGGUAAUCUAUUUUGUCCCAAUAUUAGUCACCUUUACCAUGGACUCAAAAAUAUCUCCAGAUGCCAGGAUCCAGUGGAUCCUAAACCUGUCUCUGACCUCUGUCUUUCCUCCCAUGCUGAACCCAAUAAUUUAUGUUUUGCAGACACAAUAAAUCAAAGAAUCUAUGAAUAAAAUAUAA